AUGACCACUGUGAGGUGCCUUUUGGCAGUAGCAGUAAAGAAAGGUUGGGAUUUAUUUCAAUUAGAUGUUAAUAACGAUUUUCUUCAUGGUGACCUACAGGAAGAUGUAUACAUGCAAUUUCCAGCAGGAGAUGACUUUACAGAAAUGGCAUUAUUAAAGGUUUUUCUUCAUUCAGAGUUCAAGAUUAAAGAUCUAGGACAUGCUCAUUUUUUUCUAGACCUGGCUUCCCCGCUUGAACCUUCCACAAAAUUGCGCGCUGAUGUUGGUGAUUUGUUGCCGGAUCCCACAAUUUAUAGAAGACUACUGGGGAAAUUGAAUUUCUUGACUCAUACAUGCCCAGAUUUGUCCUUUGCUGUGCAGCAUUUGAGCCAAUAUAUGCAGACUCCUCGACAACCUCAUCUUAAUGCAUCACUUCAUUGUCUCCGGUAUCUAUUAUCCAAUCCGGGUCUUGGUUUAUUUUUUCGGACAAACUCCUCUUUCAAGCUUUCAGCUUUUUGUGAUUCAGAUUGGAGUUCCUGUUCGGAAAAUCGUCGCUCUGUCAGUGGAUAUUUCAUCAGUCUUGGUGGUUCUCCUGUGUCUUGA